GAGCUGUGUAGGUGCAGCAGACCACCGAAAGUCUUACACCAGCCAUGGAAUUCUAUGAGGACUAUGACUACAACCUCAGUGUUAUACCAGACUAUAACGACACACUGCCUGUGUUUCCUGACACUUUCACCCCUGAGAUUCAACUGAUCCAGAUCGUGGCUCUGGUCUUCUACGCCCUUGUGGUCCUGCUGGGUGUCCCUGGCAAUGCUCUGGUGGUGUGGGUGACGGGUUUCUGCAUGCAACGCUCUGUCACUUCCCUCUGGUUCCUCAAUCUAGCAUUGGCUGAUCUUCUGUGCUGCCUCUCAAUGCCUCUGCUCAUGGUCCCUCUGGCCCAUGAUGACCACUGGCACUUUGGCUCGCUGGCCUGCAAAUUAGUCAAAGGCCUCUUUUACCUGGUGAUGUACUGCAGUAUCCUGCAGCUGGUUUUGAUCAGUGUGGAUCGCUGGUUGCUGGUCAGCAGACCCGUAUGGUGUCAGAACAAGAGGCGACCAAAACAGGCUGCCAUGGGGUGUGUUGCUGUCUGGUGUUUGGCCCUGAUUGGCAGCAUCCCCCAGUUUGUCUUCGCCGAGGAGAUCGAAGCAGGACAAGAGAAACGAGAGUGUGUGACAGUGUACACGCCCGUAAUUGCCUGGAUCAUCACCUCCAACCGCUUCCUGGUGGGAUUCUUCGUCCCUUUCCUGGUGAUUGUAGUCUGUCACUUGGUGGUGUACAGAAAAGCAGAUAGUGGACUGACACGGGGUGGAGCCCGCUCCAAGCGCACACUUAAGGUCAUUAUUGCUGUGGUGCUGAGCUUCUUCCUCUGCUGGCUCCCACUGCAUAUUAUUGAUUUCCUCUUAUUGACGAUUCCUCGCAGUUCCCCUCACAGACCACAUGUUUACCUGGCACAUGUUUUAGCACUUUGCCUGGCAUAUUUCAACAGCUGCCUCAACCCACUGCUCUAUGUGUGUCUGGGCCGGGGCUUUAAAGACAGCAUGCGCCGCUCCCUGCGCAACAUUCUCAACUUCGUCAGCGAGGAUCCUACGACUAAGAUGAGCGUUGCUAAUUCUGACACCAAGAGCUCAAGCGUGGGGGUUACUAAAAUCUAAUGAUGUGUUGGCUAUGAUAUGCUGUAUAGCAGAGGUGUGACCAUGUUGUUGUUGCAGACCACAAGUAGGUCUUGACCUAUUUCACUCAAACAUCAAGUCAAUUAAGUUUCAAGUCCCAAACAAACAACAGAGUUGCAUUUGCUCUCUAUGUUAAUAUUAAUCUUUACUUUAUGUUUUUUGUGCAACUUCAAAUGUUGAGUUGAAAGUUGUGUCUCCAUGUGAAAUUUUGAACUUCAUGUUUUACAAACUGCAAUGCUUUCUUUUUGUUUUUUGUUAGUUCUUUGUGGUUCUCUUGCAUUUUAAUUGGAUGUGUAACACCCCUGAAAAAAUAUUAACGAUAAUCGGGAGAGAAAAAAAUUCUGUUCUUCACAAGAACUUUACUUUAUGAAGGUUUGCAAAACAAACAAACAAACAAACAGGCAAAAAUCCAAACAAAAACAGCAGUUUAACGAUUUACAAAGAAUGUAAAGGGCUACAGAAAAAUUCCUUUUAUCAAGAGUAGUUUACCCACCAGGAGGCUAUUUCCCUGGCACAUAAUUUCUGCUUUCUUAUAUAUUACUAAAUAAAAUAUCUCACUCUAAGUUCACUGUCACAUAAGUCACUUAAUCACAUUAAAACAUAAUAUAAUAAUAUCUGAUUUAGUGCAAAGUCCCCUGAUGGUGUGCUUCAGCCUCUUGUGGUCAAAAUGAGUAUUACCAAAAAAAAAAAACAAUUUGUUGAGCCUUAUUUUCUCGCAAAAUUUUAUUUUA